UUAAGUAUUAGGAAAAAAUUAUUCAAGAUGAGGGUUGUGAAGCACUGGCGGAGGUUGCCCUGAGAAGUCGUGGCUGCCCCGUCCCUGGAGGUGUUCAAGGCCGGGUUGGAUGGUGGUUUGAGUAGCCUGGUCCGGUGGGAGUACCUCCUGCCCAUGGCAGGGGAUUGGAACUGAGUGAUCUUUAAGGUCCCUUCCAAGCCAAACCAUUCCAUGAUUCUAAGGAGGGUCCUGGGCUGGCUUUAGCAGCGGGGCUGGAGAAUGCCGGAGCGGUGGAUGGGAGACCCUCCACUCGCUGUCUCCGUGGCCGCUGAAGCGCUGGUUGCUGUGUAAACAGCAUCUCAAACGGCACCCCGAGUUGGGUUUGAAGAUUACGGACCAGACUGUGAUAGCAUGAGGAUAACGGCAUUCUUGGAUAUUCCUGGACAGGAUAAUUUAGCUCCACUAGCUCGUCUAGAAAAAUAUGCCUUCAGUGAUAACAUAUUUAACAGGCAAAUUAUUGCCAGAGGUCUUCUGGAUGUAUUUCGAGAUUUCAGUAAUAAUGAAGAAGACUUCCUGACAGUGAUGGAAAUGGUGGUCAGGCUCUCUGAAGAUGCAGAGCCAACUGUACGUACAGAGCUGAUGGAACAAAUACCUCCCAUUGCCAUUUUUCUGCAAGAAAGUCGACCAAAAUUCCCAACAGCAUUUGUUGAAUACCUUAUGCCCAUAGUAGUGAGAUACCUCACAGAUGUUAACAAUCAGGUUAGAAAGGCAGGUCAAGAAGCACUGCUUAUACUGCUGGAACAAGAUCUUGUUACUCAGAGUGACAUUGAGAAUAAGGUGUGUCCAAUUCUGUUGGACCUCUCUGCUCCUGACAGUGAUGAUGAGUACAAGGUGGAAGCUGUCAAUAUAAUCUGUAAAAUGGCCUCUAUGUUGAGCAGAACAACAGUUGAGCACAUGCUGCUUCCUCGUUUCUGUGAGCUGUGCAGUGAUGGGAAGUUGUUUCAAGUCCGAAAGAUUUGUGCAGCUAAUUUUGGUGACAUUUGUAAUGCAGUUGGGCAAGAAGCCACAGAAAGACUGCUGAUUCCCAAGUUCUUUGAACUCUGUUCUGAUAGUGUUUGGGGAAUGAGAAAAGCUUGUGCUGAAUGCUUUAUGGCAGUGUCUUACACCACGUCUCCAGAAGUUCGCAGAAGCAAACUCUCCCCGCUGUUUAUCAGUCUUAUUAGUGACACUUGCAGAUGGGUUCGCCAGGCUGCUUUUCAGUCUCUUGGCCCGUUUAUUUCUACCUUUGCAAACCCUUCAAGCGCUGGUCUCUACAUUCGAGAAGAUGGGACACUGAGCAUCCGACCAUUAACACAAGAUGUGAAUUCCAACCCCUGUCAGCCAAGCAACAAUGUAACUUUAAUGUCCUCCAAUAUAAAUACUAUAUCAUACAGUUCAGAACAGCCAAUGGAAAUCAAACUGGAAUCGUCAAUUGAAGAGACUUCAGCUGAAGUCAAUAGAAAGCUCUCUGUUGAGAACCUAAGCAAAGAUGCACGACAAGAAAGUUUAGGUUGUUGCACCAGCCCUGAAGAUGAUAUGUCUCGAUUACCUCAGGGUGACAGAAUUGCUGCUGGUGUCGCAGAAGUCACGAAGGACCGUGGUUUUCCUGGAAUGAACUCAAGACUACAGUCUGAAGAUGUAUUUAAUACUUUUCUAUACUGGCGCCCUCCUCUGCCUGAUAUAAGUCAGGAGCUGGAGUUGCUUCAGUUCAAGACUGAAAAGCACAAAGACAGCUGCUCUGUGCCAUGUAAUAACUGUGUUGCUAGUAGUGAAAUAAAAAAGGUUCUAGAAAGCUUACAGGAGCACAUGGAUGAUCCAGAUGUUCAAGCUCAGGUCCAAGUGUUGUCUGCGGCUCUUAGAGCUGCUCAGUUUGAUUCUGUGGGUGACUGUGAGACCAAAAAAAUGGAAGAAGGCAGGAGCAAACUUAAGAGCAAAACUAUUUCCGAUGAAACAACUGUUUCGUGUGCUACCUGUAGUCAGAUGGAGGAAGACGCUCUUUUAUCCCCUGCCUGCCAGGAUAACAUCAAUGACCAGUCCACCACCAGUGAACUGAAAAGCACGGCCUCAGAGGAACAACACAGAGAAACGAGUGUAUUCUUAAAGAAAGAGCAAGAAAAUAAUCCACCGUUUGAAGAUGACAAAUCAAAAUUACAGGAUAUUAUACCGCAGCCUUUGUUAGACCAGUACUUGUCAAUGACUGACCCAGCACGAGCCCAGACUGUUGAUACAGAAAUAGCCAAACACUGUGCCUAUAGUCUUCCUGGGGUGGCCUUAACGCUAGGCAGGCAGAACUGGCACUGCCUGAAAGAUACGUAUGAGACGCUGGCCUCAGAUGUACAGUGGAAGGUACGUCGGACGCUGGCUUUCUCCAUACACGAACUAGCGGUUAUUCUGGGGGAUCAGCUAACAGCUGCUGAUCUGGUGCCAAUUUUCAAUGGAUUCUUGAAAGAUCUAGAUGAAGUGCGUAUUGGUGUCCUUAAACAUCUGUAUGACUUCCUGAAGUUACUUCAUGCAGACAAAAGGCGGGAGUAUCUUUACCAACUUCAAGAAUUUGUGGUGACUGAUAACAGCAGGAACUGGAGGUUUCGUUACGAGCUGGCAGAGCAGUUGAUCCUGAUACUGGAACUCUACAACCCCAAUGAUGUCUAUGACUACUUAAGACAUAUUGCACUGACUCUCUGCUCCGAUAAAGUUUCAGAAGUUCGGUGGAUCUCCUUCAAACUGGUUGUAGCAAUACUACAGAAGUUCUAUGCGAACAAUGCAAGUACGCUGGGAUUAAAUUUCAUUAAUGAACUCAUAGUGCGAUUUCGUCACUGCUCCAAAUGGGUUGGAAGACAAGCUUUUGCCUUCAUUUGUCAGGCUGUAGUAGAAGAAGAAUGUAUGCCUGUCGACCAGUUUGUUGAACACUUGCUCCCCAGUCUUUUAAGUCUUGCUUCAGAUCCUGUGCCAAAUGUGAGGGUUCUACUUGCCAAGGCCCUGAGGCAGACAUUGCUGGAGAAAGCUUACUUUAAAAGUGUUGGCAAUCCUCAUCUUGAAGCUGCAGAACAGACCAUUCUAGCCCUGCAGUCUGACAGAGAUCAAGACGUCUCUUUCUUUGCCACCAUAAAACUAAAACAGGGUAACAUGGACAGUACAGCCAUUGAAAAACAAAGCUAAUGUUUUUCUGCAGUAAACACUGAAUAUCAGAAUGGUUCAUGGUUAGUAUGAAUAAUGUGGAUAAAUAAGGGUUUUGUUACCUAUAUGAGCUGGAAAGGGUCUAUUGCGAAAUGUUAUGGUCCUCAUUUCAUGAUGUCCAUUCAUCUGCAGCUGUGUUUAUCUGAUACAGAUGAGUAAUUCCUUCUGGUUUUUUCUUUGUAAAUGUGGGUGGUAACUCUGCUCUCACCUGCAUUCAAGUAUUGUAUGUAAAGUCUUACAGAGUUACUCAGUGUUUCAGUCUAAUUGGAAUUGAUGUUUCAGUUUGUAACAACAUUUUCAGUAGUAAAGCAGUCUGCUAUAAGUUUAAAAUGGUUUCUAAACCUUAGAACUUUAUUAUAGCAAACUUACAUGAAGAUAUUCUUUCCUAUCUUUUAUUGGAGUUUUUGUAUUGUUUCCAGUAUUACAUUUUAACUGAAAACAGUGUAUAUAUGUGAAUAGCUCUAACAAAAGACAAUUAAGAACUUAAUUGUGCAUCAGCGGAAAAAUACUCAAAAAUUACUUCGUUUUAUAAACUUGUUCCUCUGCUAGAGUUGAGGCAUGGUUCAUUUUUACUUACUGUAAUGUAAUAUUUUUCACAGCACAGAGACCUUAAGACUCUUUGUGUAUUGUUGCUUUUCUAUUAAUUUGUUAUUUCUGAGCUAAACUCUUAACAGGUGUUAAUGCCUCUGCUUUUUACUGCUGGCUUGGGUAAUGGUAGGUGUAGACAGUAAAUUUCCCAAAUGGAAAAUGACAUGUUCUGCCCUAGCAAAGUUCCCUUCAUUUUAGGGAUUGAGUUCCUGCAACAGGCCUCUAUCUGUAGAAGGGCAUUAUGUAAACUUACAAGCUUAAGUUUGUUUUACCUACACGUCCUUCAAAAACACUUUUUAACCUUAUCCCAAACAGCCUGCUAAUUUGCUGCUGAGAAAUGAAGGUCCUCUAAAUUCUGAAAAACACCAAAUAACAGAUGUUUUGAGGAAAGGCAGAGACACAGUUGGCUCUACAACUUGUAUUGAUUGUGUGGUAAGGUUUAGGGCAAACAACAAACGAAAGUUACAGAGAUCCUGAAGCUUAAGUAGCGCAUUUUCUGUGUAUUUAAAAGGGUCUUUUGGAAGAAAGAAAGAAGAAUAUACAGGUCAAACAUGGUUCUGUUAAUAAAAUUGGAGAGCUUCUGAUAAGUUUGAAAAAUGGAAGGUAAAUGUGUUUUGGUGCAUCCUGUUCUGUGUGUCAUAAAUCGGCAGAUACUGUGGGGCCUUGGAAAUAAGCAGUCUCUGUUUUGGAAUGUGGAUUGGAACCUUCCCCUGUUCAAAAACUAAUGCUUAAAUACUACAGAAAUGGUUUCAUGCAAUAAGUUACUUUCUCUGUACACAACAAUUUGUCGUAAAUAGACCUGUGUAAAUAUUUCCUGCUAUUUCACUGCUCUACUAGUAAGUAGCUCACAUGAGUGAAGGUCUUUAUAGAAAUUACUUGUUUCUUUUUUGUUUCGUUUUAAAUCUGGCCUCUCCGCAGUAAAGCGAGUAGGUUCCUCACCUGGGUUCUAUAUUUUUGGAGGGCUUUGUUUUCUAUAAGUUUAACGAGUCUUGUAUUAUAUGUACAGUAUUUGUAGCAGUUUGCUUUCUUGUGAGAUCACAAAAUGUGUCUUGGAAGUUGCGGGCAGACAUAUAGCACUGCUGUCACAGCAUGAACUCUGUAACCUCUGCAACAUUCUACAUUAAUUUUGUACAAAUUUUUUUCUAUAAUUUAAAACAAAUACUUCUUCAGUACAGACUUUUUAUGAUUGCAAUUUCUUAACAAAGAGACCUCUCAAGUUAAUUUUUUUCUAGUUCUAAUAUCUUUUUCUAAUGCUGGCAUUAUACUGGUAUUUUCUAAUGGUUCAGGUUUUCUAAGGCCUUUCUGACAAGGUUUUACUUCUGUUUUUUUAUUAGCAGUUCAUUAAAUCUCUCAGCACUGAACAAAUUCUGUAUGUGUAUAUGUAAGUAUGUUUGAAAUGUACUGUAUAUAAAUUAAAUACUUUGAACAUUAAUCCAGGUUUCUGUUUGUUAGAUAAUCUUAAAUAGUUACCUUUAUUGCAAUAAUCCACUGGAAAACAUGAGCUUCUGUAUGUUUUAGCAUGUUUGAUUAGUGUUCACUAAGAGUUUUUGAUUAGGAUACAUGUAAGCAGUAAGCCACCAGCUACAGAAGGCCACUAAAAGGCUAAACCAAGUUUUUUGGUUUUAACAAUAUUUUGGUACCUCUCUGGGUCCAGAAAUCACGUCUGUUUAGAUGAUACGAUUUCAAUUGAGCAUUUAAAACUCCUGUUAAAAUUCUCCAGUUGCAUGUAGUAAUGGGGGACAUUGUAGUACUGGGUUGUUUUUUUUUGUAGACAAUGUGCAGGUCGCUUCAACAGAUUUACCCUCAACAAUGUUUGUCUUUGUUUUAGUUUUAAACUAGAAGUGACUCCAGCAUGACUAAAGACCGCACUUCACAUCUUGUACUAGACAUGUAUGCAAUGUGAAGUGAAGCAGUGUGCUCAUGUACAGUUCUCUGGGUUGUUUAAAUAAUGCACAAAUUCAUAUUUUAAAAGGCAGGCAGAGACAGGUUAAGUAGUUGAUCCACUUUCACAGAAGCAUUGAGAAUAUCACUUAUAAAUAUUUCUAGAUAAGGAACAGGAAAAUGACCUUAGUGGGUGCAAUAUUGCGGGGAUGCAGUAGGAAAUGGACAAGCACUUGUAAUCCAAGGAGUGUUUGUCAUGUUGCUUAGAACGGGACUUGUUGGAAUCUUGUGUAUGAUGCACACUUGGCAUGGGUCAGGAUGCUGCUCUAGUGGAGGUUGUGCAGUAUGCAGUGGUAUUCAGAACCAGACUAAGUGGGGACACUCUGGAAGUGUCACUUGUUUGUCAGAAUAUAGAGAAUCUAUGUAAGUUUGUAUUUAUCUCAAUAAAUCCUGUGACUGUUUUAUAAACCAA